AUGGUGUUUGUGGUCGUCUCGGAUGUGGAAGACAUCGAGCUGGAGGAAGAGCUUGUAGAUGUACUUGAAGACACGGAGGUGGAGGAAGCGGUAGAAGACGAAGUGCUUGUACUGCUAGUGCUGCUGGAAAGGCUGCUGGUAGUGCUAGUGCCUGUGGAGGUUCCACUCGUUGUUGUGCUAAAGGACGAAGUUGUGGUGCUGACAGUGCCCGUCGUAGUAACAGUCUCCGUCCUCGUGCUGGUCUUCGUUUGGGUGCUCGAAGACGUGGAGCUGCUGAUGCUGCUCGAUGCUGAGGUCGAGGAUGAGCUGCUGGAAGUGCUUGAGCUGCUGGAUGUGCUUGUGGAAGUCUGUGUGGUAGAUGUGAGGGAGCUACUUUUGGUGGUCGUGCUGCUGCUCGUGAGCGAGGUGGUGGUGGUCUCAGUGAACGUCUUGGAGCUAGUCUGGGAAGUGCUGGAAACACUGCUGCUGGAAGAACUGCUAGUGGAUGUGGUGGUGGUGCUCUGGCUUGUUGUGGAGCUCGUGAUGGUAUUGGUGGUUGUAGCCGUUAUCGAGCUUGUACUGCUCGAUGCAGAUGUAGUCUUCGUCUCUGUGGUGCUUGACGACGCUGUUGAUGUUGAGCUGCUGCUGGUUGUCGUCCAGCUGCUCGUGACGGAGGUUGUGAAGGAACCUGUCGACGUCACGCUGGUGCUGCUUGUCUGGCUGAUGCUUGACGUCUCAGUUUCCGUUAACGUGGAUGUCGUAGAUGUUGAACUGGUACCUGUCGAAGUGGCGGUGCCUGUGCCUGUCGAGGUUCCUGACACAGUUGUGCUGGAAACGGAGGUGCUCGUCGAGGAAGAUGUGGUGGAAGAUGACUCUGUCCUAGAUAUUGUCGAGGAGACAGAGAGGGAGGUAGUUGACAAUGUGGCCGUUGCGGACGUUGUUCGAGAAACUGUUGAAGUCAAGGUCUUGGUGCUACUGCUUGAGGAGCUGGUGCCUGAACGACUCGUACUGCUAGUGGUCUUUGUGGUCGUCUCCGUCCCUGUGGAACUUGAUAUAGUUUCCGUCCGGGUCGAAGUGAGUGUGAGCGAGGACGUGGCCGUGACCGUGGUGGGUGUCAAAGUGGUGGAGGCUGUGGUAGUCAGAGAGCUGGAGACGGUGGCUGUCGUUCCAGUUGUGGAAACUGUUUUAGUGGAUGUUCCCGAAGUUGUCGAAAUCCAGCUGGAUGAGCUACUUGUGGUGGUUGAUCCUGACGUCGAGGUGUACGAAACAGUUCUGGAUGCAGUCGCUGAGGUGGUGAAGCUUGUGCUGAGGCUGGUGCUGGUGGCUGCUGGGCCUUCAGAUCGCGUCAGAGUUGCAGUUGCUGUCUCCGUGGUGCUGUCAACUUGGCCGAACCAAGUCGAAGUUUGGGUUUCGGUGAUCGGAAGGCCAACAUCGACCUGA